AUGAUCAAUAGUCGCUGUUUCCUCUACGUCAAACAACUCAUGAAUUGGGCUCAAGCUGAGAGAAACUGCCAGUCCAUGGGUGCAAACCUUGCCUCUGUACAUGAAGCUCUGGAGCAGGAUGAGAUUCAAAGGAUGAUCGAAGAUGUAACUCAUGGACAUCCACUGACAUGGAUCGGAGGAUCUGAUGCUGAAAUGGAGGGGACUUGGCUCUGGACUGAUGGUACCCCUUUCAGAUUAACCGACUGGUGCACCGAACAGCCAGAUAACUGGCAGGGAAAUGAGAACUGUUUACAGAUCUAUAAGGGAGACAAUAAAUGCUGGAAUGACCUGAGGUGUGACUCAGAACUUUCGUCUGUCUGUGCCAAGAACAUCUGA